AUGACUUAUCAAAGCAAAAAAUUAAAAGACAUAUUGUUAUAGCAAGGCGAUUAUGAUGUAUUGAAUAAAGAAAAUGAAGCGUUUGGGUUUUUUUCAUUCAAAAAAAUUGCAGUAGAAUAGAAAUAUUAGGAUAAUUUGCUAAAUGAAAAUAAAGACUCAGUUUUUUCAUUAUCAGAAAAUAAAUAUGAAAGAAUUGAAUUAAUAAAAUGUAAUGUUAACAUAUAUGCCCUUAAAAUGAUCAUUAGGAAUAACUUAAAAAGCAUUAGAGAAAUAGAGAUAGAAAAUUGUAAAUUCUACUUCAAUGAUGAAGACGCUUAAAAAGCCACUAAUUAAGUUACUAAUCUGCAUAUGUUUUCUGAGAUCAACUUUAUUUGGCUGAUAGAAACAUUCAAAUUUUAAGAUUUAGACUCCCUCGAAAUCAAACUAUCAGAGGAUCCAAAUAUUAAGACCUCCUUGAGAACUGCUACAAUGGUACUAAAAAAUACGGCUAAAGUUUCAGACGCCAAAGACAUUUAAAAAGAGGUAGAUAAUAAAGCAGAACAUAAUUUAGAGCCUAUUCUUGACUAAGAGACUGCGCAAGAGCUCUUUAAAUGUGAAAAGAAAUGUGGUUUUAUUACUUAUGAAUAUAAAGAUUUGAAGAAGUUUUUUAAAUCUUAUAGCAAAAAGAAAAUAAGCAAAUUUACUCAGGAUUUAAUAUGGGGAGAUUUGUUGUACUAAGAAAAAUAUUAUGAUUAGCUUUAUAAUAAUAUUUUGGAAGAUAUCCAAGAAAAUAUUCGUAUAUAUAAGAAAUACACAAAGAAUGCCUUUACAGAUGGCAAGUUAAUCAUUUAUGGAGAUGUUUUAAAAAAUGGCUUAUCCAGAAAUCAACUCUAUAAUGUAAUUUAAAUGAAUUGUUAGAAGAUUAAUGGGAUUAUCUUCAAAGAUUGUGGAAAAAUCUAUCCUUUAGAGUUUAGCGAUUUAAUGACUUAGCUGUUUUUAAUAAAUAUGAUCGAUUCAAUAGCUUUUAUUUCUUCAGUAAUUGAUUAACAAACUUUAUACGAACUUCAAUAUCUAGUCAAAAUGAAGGAAGUUAAAUUCUUUGUUUUGCAUAAGGCAUAUUUUCUCAAAACAGAAAUUUCAAAUUUGUUGGAUUUAAAUGAAGAUGAUGCUCCAAUAGAAAUAAACAACUUCCGCUUUACUAUCUUAGAUAUAUCAAUAAAAAAGACAUUCGAAUUUACUCCUUAUUCAUUCAAUUUAGAAUCAAUUUACAAUAAACUUGAUGAGCAGCUUAUGGAUGUAGAAAAAACAUACUAAUUCCAAAAUUUCCAUCCAAAGUAGAUCUAAGAUUAAAUAGUGUUUUACUCAGGUAAAAAUGUUUCAAUCCGCAGCGACUUUGACACCGAAAACAUAUUAUUUGACUACUGGGAUAUCUUAUAAGGUACAAAGGAUUUGAAUUAAGAUAAAAUAGAUGCUUUUAAAAGCAACCAAGAUAAACUUAUUAAAUUAAUUGAUUACUUUAUAGAACUUGAAGAUGUGAAUAUUUUAAAUUAUAAUUUGUUGAUUACAUUGAUAAAUAUGAUUAUAGAGCAAGACAUUAAGGAUAGCUAUCUUUCGUUAAUCAAAAAUUUAAAAUCAGUACAGUGUCUUUAAGAUCAUGUUUCUCUUUCCUUAGCUGAAAAGCUGUUCUUUGCAGAAGAAAAGCAUUUAAAUAUUACAUAUGCAUACAUAAAAGGAUUUACAAGAGUUAAAGAUUUUAACAUUUACUAUGUAAUUUAAAAUGAAACACUUUUUAAAGAUAUCAGUGAAAACAGCAUCUAGACUUAAGAAAAAUUAACAAGUUAAAUGAAUAUUCUUUAAAUUUCGGACUACAUCGAUAAGCAAUCUAAAGAAUUUGAAGGAAAUUUCAAUUUCCUCAAGCUAAAAGACAUAAAUCUUACCACAGUUGAUUUAAAUGAUAGCAAAUUAAAACUUUUGAAUAAAAUAAUUAUAGAUUCUAAAAACUUAAAAACCUUAAAACUUUGCGACUGCCAUCUCACAAAUGAAAAACUAUAAUUUUUAGAUUUCUCAAAAGUCUCUCCAUAAAUCGAAACAUUAGAUAUCAGUUAUAAUAGCAAUAUUGAGAGCUUUGAAUUUUUAAAUGUCUUUUUCAAAUAAGCUAAGAAGCUUAAAAAGUUGAAUUUGCAUGUUAUGGACUUGUCAGAUUAGCAAACAGAGAGUGCAGAUUUUAGUUUGGUUUCUUCGACUCUCUAAGAACUUAAGCUAUAACACAACAAGUUAUAGGGUAUUGGAUUUAUGAACAAAAUCUUUUAGACAGCUACGAACCUUUAAAUACUAGAUUUGCUUUCCUGUGGGUUAGAUGAUGAAAAAUUCCAAUCUCUCAACCUCCCAAAAGGAUUAAAAAAGCUUGAUAUAAGUUACAAUACUGUUCAGCUUAUUACUGUGAUUGAGCAUAUUGGUAAAAUAGAAGAUAUUGAAAUAGAGGAUUUAAGCCUAAUAUAUCUACCAGGAGGUUCUGCUCUACCAGAUUAAUAUAAAUAAUAUUUAAAAGCUGGAUCAUUGAAAGGUCUUAGGAAGCUGAAAAACGUGCUUUUAUAAAAAAAUGACAUAUUUGAUAUUAACAUUAUUAAUAUGAUAUUAAAUAAUAGCGAUUCUAUUGAAGAAUUAGCUAUAUCUGAUCAAAAACUAGAUAAUAGUAAGUUUAUGCAAUUAUCAUUUGACAAACUCAGCUCUCUUACUUGCUUUAAAAUUUUAUAUGGAGCAAACAUAGAUAACUUUAGUUUUCUGACUAAAAUGUUUGAAUGUUGUAAAAAUUUAAAGAAAUUAUACUUUAAUGAAUCUAACAUUGACGACUAUAGAUUUCCUAGCUCAAUUAUUGAAUAAAUUCCUACUGACUUAGAAGAAUUUUACUUUAAUGGAAACACUUAUAAUAGCAUAAGUGAUCUAUUAAAUAAAUUAUUUGUAAGAUGUUAGAAAUUGAAAGUUCUACAUUUAGAAAGAAAUAAUAUCCAAGAUUAUUAAAUCACAAGUGUUGAUUUUAAAUAACUGAGUUUUUUCCUUAAGGAUUUUAAUAUUUCUACAAAUCCUUCAAUUAAAUCUUAUGGAUUUUUAAUUGACGUGUUUAAAUUCGCAUCAGAAUUAAAAAAGUUAAAUCUUUCUAACAAUAAUGCUACUCCAAGCGAUGUAGACAUCAGUCUAUUUGAAAAAGCUUUUUGUUUAGAAAAAUUGGAUGCCGAAAAUAAUACUUUUUACACAGAUGAAUUUAUAAAUAAUUUGAAUAAAUCUAGAAAAUUAUUUAUUGACAUUAAAAGCUUUGAAGUUACUUAUAUUGCUGUAGACAAAAAGGAUUUCAUUAACUACUUUAGAGUAUUUGAUAAGUAUAAUUUAUCAAAUUUGAACUCAUUAGACUAAUAAGCAUAUAAGGAGUUUUUAAAAGAUAAUAACGAAGAAACUUCACAAUUAGAUAUAAGUCUUAAUUCUAAUGGAGAUGAAGCAUAAUAAGAAGAAUAAAACAACAAUCAAAAAUAAGGGCAAAAAGGAAAAAAAGCCAAAAAGAAAUAAAUAAAAGUGUAUAAGAAUUCAAAAGAAGCCAAAUUUAGUAACCAUAUAAAUCCUCUAUAUUUCUACACUCUUUUUAAUUUCUUUGAUCAAAUUAUUGAUGACGAAGAAUGCUAUGAUAACUUAACAAAUGAUGCAGAGUCAGUCAUUUCGUUUGCAAAUUAUACAAAAGCUAUGGAGACUCUAGGGAUGAUCGAAUCACAGAAUGUUUACAUGCAUACAGAAUAUUAUCUCUUCCAUCUAAUUAAUACUUAAUUUUCAAAUAAAAUAUCAAGAAAUUUAAGAGAAUUGCUAGGAUAAGAGAAGAACUUCACUACUUAAAAAAUUUCAUAAUUUUUAACUGAAAUAAAUCUGAAAAAUAAAAAAAUAUAUAAAAAUUUAGAUUUCCUUUAAAUUUUCUUUGACAAAUGCGAAAAUAUUCAAAUAAUUGAUUUGAGUAAAAUGAAUGUGUCAAAAAAGAUCAAUUUAAAUUUUAAAAAUAUGCCAAAGCUGGUUGAAUUUAAUUUUAAUGAUCAAAGUAAGAAAAAUAAAGAAUGCAAUGCUGAAUUUAUUGCAAAAAUAAUAAAAAAUGCUCCAUAGCUUCAAAAACUAAAUCUGAAAAAUUCAAACAUUAAAAAUUCAAGUCUCCUUGAUUUUUCGAACAAUAAUGAGCUUUUAGAAUUUAAUUUUUCAGGUAAUAAAAAGGCAGAGAACUACGAGUUUAUGAAUGUAUUAUUUAAAAAUAACUAAAAGCUGAAAAAAUUAUAUUUGAGCUCUUUAAGUGACAAUAUUAGUCAAAUUGAAUUCUCUUUAGUACCAACCAUGAUAGAAGAAAUUGAUCUUUCUGAAAACAAAUAAGGUAUUGUUGAUAUUAUUAACUAAUGCAUUUUUAAUUGCUAAAGCUUGUAAAUAUUGAAUAUUUCUAAUUGUGGAAUAAACUAUCAAGAUAAUUUUAGAAUUUGUUACACAAGUAUCUCACCUUAGCUUAUAGAAUUAAAUUUCUCUUCUAAUUGUUAUUAUUAUGACAUGAAUUUCAUACCAAGUCUUCUUGAAAGAUGUCCAAAAUUAUUAAAAUUAGAUAUUUCAAAUUAAGUUUUCGAUUUGACAUAUGAUUGUGUGAAUUCUCUAGGUUUUUCUGAGCAUUCUCUAUAAGAGUUUAAAUUUUGUGGUAACAAGAGCUACAACAACUACGAUUUCAUAAAAGAAAUGAUACUUACCUCCAAAGGAUUCAAAAAACUAUGCAUUUAAGACAUAGAUUUGCAUACAACAAGAUUAACCAAUUUUUAUUUUGAUUAAAUUGGACCUUAUAUUGAAGAGUUAGAUAUAUCUAACCAUUCAUAUAUGACAGAUAUAAGCUUUUUGAACCACUUCAAUGCUUCUAAUAACUUUUAUACACUAAUAGCUAAUAACACAGUCAUCACCAAUUAAAUGAUGAAUACUGUAAACAUAGACACAGUUUUUAAAAAUCUAAAACGUUUAGAGUUUGAAUAAUGCUAUAACUUUAUAAACUUAAAGUUUUUCAAUCAAAUAUUUAAAACAGCAACUUAAUUAGAAAUUUUGAAUAUGUCUGAUAUGAAAAUCGAAUAAAAAUUACUAAAUAAAAUUGACUUUAAAUUAGUACCUUCUACUUUGAGAUAAUUUAUUUUCAAUAAAAAUGAUUUAAUCACAAAUUUUGGAUUUUUAACAGAUUUGUUUACUUCUACUUAAAACUCUUUAGAAGAUUUAUCUUUAAGUAAAUGUGAUUUAAAGGCUUAAAAAUUGAAAGAAGCUGAUUUCUCUUUAAUCUCCUCCAAAAUACAAAAAAUAGAUCUUUCAGAAAAUGAUAAUCUAGAUAAUUUAGAAUUUUUAGUUCCUUUCUUUAAAUAAAGUCACUCCACAAAUUUAAAUACUUUGAAAAUAUCUAAAAUAUCUUUUGAAAUGCACUUAACUUUGUAAAAGUAUUCUCAUUAAAUACAAGACCUUGAUUAUCCAUUCUAAAACAUUGAUAUGGACCACUUCUCCUAUUAAGAAAAUUAAAAAUAUUAAUUAAGUAUUAAUGUCAGAAAACUUCUAAAUUAUCUAUAAAAAGAUGCUCAUGUUAAAAGUUUUUCACAGUAAAUAUGGUAAAACUAAACUGCUAGAAGUAAAGCCUUCAAAAACAUAUUAAGCAGCUUAAUGGAAUAAAAUAUGACUUCAUAAUCUAUUAAAACUACAACACAUUUCUUAUAUUUGAUGCUGAGAGAAGUUAAAUUUUAAUGUAAGUAAUACUAACCAUUUAACUUUAUAUUUUCACCUUACAGUUUGUUCUAGUAAAGUUAAUUGAUUGAAUGCAAUUAUGAUAAUAAUUCUAAUUAGAAUGUUAUUCCAGAUUCGUACAAUUUAGCGUUCUUCACUCUAAACGUUUUAAACAGUAACACUGAGUACAUAUUUGGUUAUGAUAAAUUCUUUUUUGAAAAUUUCUAAGAAUUUUAUAUCCAAAGAUUCCCAAAAAAUACUAGCGAUUUAGAAUUCAUCAUCAACUUAAAGAAGAAAAUGGAUGAAAAAAAGAUUAAAAGAGCAUUCCUUCCUAUUAAGCUUAAUUUAGAUUUCAGUAAAUUGUAAAAAUUAAAUAUGAAUGAAUUUGACAUACUAUUUUAUCUUAAUUGUGUUCCACCAGCUGAAAUAUAUUUGAGCGGAAUGACUGUCCAAUUUGUAAAAAGUUGGUUUGCUAUUUAACACUCUUCUCCUCUUUCUGUUAAAACUACAAUUGAUGUCAAAUAUGAUCAAAUUUAGAAUACAUCUAUUGCUAAUUAUUUGAUUCUUAUCUUUUCAAGGAUUUACAUACGAAACUUCGAAGGAAAAACUCUUUCUGCUAAGAUUAAGAAAUUAUUAAGUAAUAUUGGUUACUCAUUCUUCAAUGUUUUUGGAUCUCCUCCUAGGUAGUACAAAUUUGACCAUACAGUAAUUCUAUUGAACGAAUAACUCCAUACAUUCAUCAAGUAAGGUAAAGAAAAUUUCUUGCGUCUACUUUAUCCUAUAUAUUUGUUUGUUUGCCUGUUUGCUGUCCUAUAUUUCUCUUUUAAUAAAUCUUAAUGUGGUAAUAGUUUGUCAAUGUAUUCUUAUAUUACUUAUGCAGGCUUUGGAUUUGUUUCUCUUUUCUUAGAAUUCUACAUAUUUUCUAUGUGUGUGAAAUAUAUGUCUCACUUAGUUCCUGAAGUUAAGCCAGAUUGCAGAGUUACAUUCCCAAAUCCAUUAAUUAAUAAAGUUAAGACUUUCAUUAUGGAUAUUGAAUGGCUAAACCAAAAGCUCGUCAACUAUAUUUUACUCUUUGUUUCAAGUUAACUUUCUCGUUUUGAUUUUCUGGCCAACAUAGGAUUUAUCAUAUAGGCCUAUUAAUGUUCUGAUAAAAUUAUUUGGAUAUUAGGUAUAGCUUCUCUAUCAACAACAGUACUGACUAGUAUCGUUUUCUUUAUUUAGAAUCUUAUUGGUUAAAAAACUUACAACUUAUUAAUAACUGGUUCUAUUGAUACUAUAUACUAAUUGUGCAAUGUUUUGGAGUUUUAAGCAGCAGCUGAAAUAUUAGAUUUUAUUUCACCAACAAACUCUGUUAUCAUCUUCAAAAAAAUGGUCAAUUAGCGUGUUUUCACAAGCUCUUUAAGAAUUCUUUUUCAAGAUAUUCCUUUGAUUGUCCUUAAAGCUCUAUUUUUGUACAAUUAAGGUACAUUAAAUGCAUCUAUGAUUUUUUCCAUAGUAUCUUCAUCUAUUAUGGCUUUGAUUUCUUUUAAUAAAUUUUUAACUAUCACUCCUUCCAGACUGGGUUAAGAAGAGUUCACUAAGUUAAACAAAUAAAAAAGAAAAGAAAAACUACCUCAAUACAUAACAAAGCUUGCUAGUUACGAAGCUAAGAUUUGCAAAUUCAAUCUAUAUGAGAUGAUUAAAUGCAUAAAAUCACCCAAAUUUUAUAUAGAUUAGAUUAAAGCUUAAAACUAAACUACUUCUCUCAGUGAAAUAAAAAAGGAGAUUAAAUUAAUAAAUGACAUUCGUAAAUUCAAAUGUACUUAGGAUUUAAUAUAAGACUUCUUUGGAAAUACUUAGUAUAAUGACCCUAAAAUGGAUAUUCCUAAACCAAAUAAUUAAUAAAAUUUUUAAGAGCUCGAAUUUAAUAACUUAAUUAAUUAAUAACUCAAUAAAUAGUAAGAAGUAGAUGAUAAAAAUAACUAAUCGACAGUUAAAUCUCAUGUAAAAAGCUAAACUGACCUACUCUUGAAUGGGUAAUAAUCUCCAUAAAAAAAAGAAAACAAAAUUGAACUUAACAAAAAAGAAAGUAGCCUCUGUUUAGAAAACUAGAAUCUAUUAAAAUAAUGA